GGUGGGCCCUAACGAACUCGCUCCCUCCCCUGCUCCGCGCAGCGAGGAACAGGAGGAACCCACGACACGAGCCCGACGACUUCGCGCCACCCCCAGCUCCGGCUCCGUGUCGAUCGCCGCUCGCCACCGCCGGGAGGAAGAAGGAAGAAAGGGAAGAAAAAGGAGUCGGCCGGCCGGCCGGUCGGUCGCCCUCCCGCGAUCGGUGCGGGCGCUCGACGCGACGCGACGCGACACGAUCGAUCUCCGCCAUGGACGUGUUCAACGGGGUGCGGUUCGUGCGGCUGCGGUGCUGCGCGCGGCGGGGCAAGUACCUGGCGGCGGACGCCGACGGGUCGAGCGUGUGCCUGACGGGGCAGCGCGGCGUGCACAACGCGGUGUGGGCGGUGCACCACGCGGCGGGGCCCGACGGCGGGCCAUGCGUGCUCCUCCGCGGCGCCUACGGCCGGUACCUGCUGGCCACCAGCGUGCAGGCCGGCACGGGUCCUUCCAACGGCGUGGUCACCGCGCAGGACGGGCUCGGCGGCGCGCCUCCGCCGCCGGGAAUGCUGUGGCAGGCCAUCCCGCGACGGACCACCUUCGUCAUCCGUAGCGGCACGGGACGGUACCUCCGCGCCAAUGGCCGGUACCUCCGGUGGCGUAGGGCCGUCACCUCCGCCGGCGAUAAUGGCAGCACCAUGAUGCAGUGGGACAUCGAGAACGUGCCUAUCAGGAUGACUCGCCCCUGCAUUCUUGAUCCCACCUACCAGCUGACGCAUGCGCGGCGGCGGCCGCUGACGGAGAGCGAGGUGGCGCGGCAGAUCCGGUACGUGCGCGGCGAGACGGACGGGAGCGUGAACGAGGGGGCGUGGAGGACGAUGCAGCUCAACACGCACAACCUGAUGCAGCUGCGCCUCACGCUGGCGUGCCGCCUCGGCGCAAGCAGGGACGUCACCCGCACCACCCUCUGCGUCCGCGCCGGCCGCCACGCACACCUCAGCCCACUGCUCGUCGACCUGCCCAUCGGCAACGACCGCAUCGACAUUGUCAUCAUCAACCACGGCACACCAGCGGACAACGAUUUGCGGUACCCAGAUUUGCAUGCUCCAAGAAUUUUAGAUAACUGCAAGGUCUCUGACAAAUGAACAGCGGACAACGAUCUGAACACAUCUUUUGAAAUACAGAGGUGACAUCCUGGGGACUCUUUUUUCAGUUCUCUUGGAGCGCUUGAAUAAGACCAGAAGAGUAGCUCAGUUCUCUUACGUAACUUUCAAUAGAUGUUCUGACAUCAGCUCUACUCAUGGGAGGCCAAUUUGUUUGAAAACCAGGAUGGUAAUAGUUUUGCUAUGGUUUUGACAACGAUCUGGACAUCUUACAGAAACUAGUUACUGAACAUAUUCAUAGAACAGGCAGUGCAUGGCUUUGACAGAGAAUGUUGGCUGGAAAUCUUACUCACAAUGUGAUUCUUCUGCUGAUGAUAUGUUAGCCCAUAUCAACUAGUGAUGUGUAAAAGGUACAAUUCUACAGAGGUAUGACAGAUAACCUUGGUGAAAAUAGUGGAACAGCAACUGCCAACUGAAGGUUUUCAGUACUUUCGAUAAACAGCUUUAUUCUAGUGUUUUCAGUAAACUCAGUGCUUUUUUUUUUCCUAUGUAUAGUUGUAUACCCUACUGGUACAAAUUAACAUGAUUCUUUUAGGUAAGAUCUGCACUGGCUUCUAUGAGAUCCUGUAUAUUUAUUACUAUGAUUCUGGAUAUGAUCUGUUAUUUGCAUUGCAUUGGA